AUGGCAUCCACCAGCACUUCAGAAACAUUGGGUCAAAUGGCUAAACCAGAGUACAGAAACUGGCUGGCACUCGGUCAUGCCUUGACAACAGUCCUGUGCCAAGGACUUCGUCCGUUUGUUACGCAAAAGGUGGAGGCCUUGUAUACGUAUGUAAAGCCAGGUAAAGCCAGCCAUUGCUCAUGUGUUUAUGUCUCGAAAAGGAGGCCAAACCAGUACCACGACAUGAAUAAAUGUAUAUGGGCACAAGUCUUGGCCACCUGUCAUCGCAGCAAACCAAACUGGAAACAAAGUGACCCAGCCAAAUGGAUUGACCCAGUUGUUGGUCCGUGGGAAAUAGCUAAACUCUUCCUCCCUGAUCUUGGAGGGCAUGCUGAUAUCAAAGGCGCAAACGACAUGGACAUCAAUAGUAUCUUGAACUUAAUGUACUGGUGCAACCAUUUCACUAUUUCUCAGCUCUCGAUCAAGGGUGUUCGAGACGUUCGAAACGACAAGUGUGUUCACGUUCCCAAGCUGGAGUUAUCUGAUGCUGAUAAGUCUGACGCUUUUGACGCAAUCGAAAAAUUGCUAAAGGACCCUGAUUUGGCUGCAGAUAGAGACGCAAAGAAAGCUCUCGGAGAAGUAAUUAGUCUCAAGAGCAUUAAAGACUUACACAAUAGGGAGCCUCAGAUUUUGGCCGACCUAAAAGAAGUUAUGAAUGAAAGGGUGUUGAAGUUGACAGAAAAGACGGAAAGAAACAAAAAGAUGGUAAAAGAACUACAAGAAGGGCAGGAAAGUUUGAAAAUGGCUUUUGAGGACCUCGAGCGAUUUAACAGGCCCCUUCCACUAAGAGUACUAGGGUGGGUCUUUCAACUUCUGGUGUAUGUACUUGGGAUCCUCUAUACAUUCCUCAAAGGGAAAAAGACAGAAAUGUUAUUUUUUAUCGUAUUUUCAUGCUUCUGUGGUGUUUUGGAUUAUCAUUCAACAAUUAAGGAAGGAUGUUUGAUAAAAAGAUACGGUUAUCAGUGGAGCCUGAAGCACUUCGACUUCGACGUGUUUGCUGCUACAUCCAGAAAAAGUUUUAUUGGACGGCAGUGGUUGUAUCGUGAAUUAGAAGAUCUUAUGGAGCAUUCAGUGUCUUUAGGUCCAUACCAAUCAAUUGGAUGUUACAAAGAUUUUAAUGACCGAGCCAUACCAACUUUGGAAGGGCAAGAUUCGAUCCUAGAUAGCAAUUACAAUGCACGGAGUAACUCCAUCGAGAAAUGCUAUAAAGCAGCUAAGAAGCGAGGAUUCCAAGUGUUUGCAGUUCAAAAUGGGGGAUGGUGCGCCUCAAGUGCUAUCGCCAUUGGAACGUUCACCAGAUAUGGAAAAUCGUCAGCUUGUAAGUCAGACGGCGAAGGUGGACCAUGGGCCAAUCAAGUUUAUUACAUCAAAGGUUAUCAAGCCGUAGGAUGUUAUACAGAUACUUCAAAUCGCGCAGUGGAGACUCUAGAAGGAACAGAUUCCAUCUUAGACGGCGCCUACAAUUCACGUGUAAAUCCCAUUGCAAAGUGCGCCGUGGCUGCAAUGCGAAAAGGCUACAAUAUGUUUGCAGUUCAGGAUGGCGGCUGGUGUGCAGCAAGUUCUACUGCGCCACAGACGUUUGACAAAUAUGGAAAAUCCACCGCUUGUAAGGGUGAUGGCAAAGGUGGACCCUGGGCUAAUAAUGUCUAUGUCGUCAAUCCGCUCGUUUUACCCUACGAAACGAUCGGAUGUUUUCAGGAUCAUGAUGACCGAGCCAUACCGACAUUGGAGGGACAAGAUCCUAUUUUGGAUGGAGACUACAAAACACGACUUGAUCCCAUCAGGAAAUGCUUUCAAGCAGCAAAGAAGCGAGGAUUUCAUAUAUUCGCAAUUCAAGAUGGUGGAUGGUGUGCAACAAGCGCUUCGGCUGCCAAGACAUUCAACAGAUAUGGUAAAUCGUCAGCUUGUAAGUCAGAUGGUGAGGGUGGACCAUGGGCCAAUCAAGUUUAUUACAUAAAAGGUUACGUUGCCGUUGGUUGUUACAGAGAGAAACAAGAUCGCGCAAUUGACACAUUAGAAGGAAAGGAUUCCAUCUUGAACGACUCUUACUAUUCUCGUGAAAAUCCUAUCGCAAAGUGCGCCGUAGCAGCCAUGAGAAAGGGGUUCAGUAUAUUUGCAGUUCAGGAUGGUGGCCUCUGUGCUGCAGGUGUUUCUGCACCACAGAAGUUUGACAAAUAUGGGAAAUCCCCGAAUUGUGAGGUUGAUGGUACUGGAGGACCCGGGGCUAUUAACGUAUAUUUGAUGAAAGAGUACGAAGACGUUGGUUGUUACAAAGACAAACAAGAUCGUGCCAUCGAGACAUUAGAAGGAAAGGAUUCCAUCUUAGAUGGCGAGUACACUUCUCGUGCAAAUCCCAUUGCAAAGUGCGCUGUCGCUGCAAUGAGAAAGGGUUACAGUAUGUUUGCAAUUCAGAAUGGUGGCUGGUGUGCAGCAAGUUCUACUGCGCAACAAACCUUUGACAAAUAUGGAAAAUCUACGAAUUGUAUGAUCGACGGUGAAGGUGGACCUUGGGCUAAUAAUGUCUAUAUAUUAAGAGAUGAAAAAAGAGUUGGAGGUCACGAUAAUUCUUCAAGUCACAUGGUUCAACCUCUGGAAGAACGGACCCGAGCAUGAACAGUCCUCAAGAUCAAAAAUUCAAUCUUCAAGUUAUAAAAACCGGAACAUUUUUCAAGCCU